CACCAGCGCCGACCGUGUCGUCAGCUCACAAUCAAACUGAAAGGAAGCUUUCUAUUGUGGCGCCUAGCCUUCUGGCUUCGGGGGCGCAUUUGGCAAUCUGGAAUAAUUAGUUAAAUUGUUCGAAUUUAAACUCUGUCUGUUCCAGUUUCACCCCCCGUGCCACUACAGCGGAUGCUUCCACGCUGCAGGACAUGCGCCGAGGCUGAGAUCAGGAUCAUGAGUCCCGGUUCUCUUCUCGUGGGCAUCUACAGCAUUCUCACCAUGGCCUGCACUGGAGCGUUGUGCUUAGACCUGUUGUACCCGUUUGGGAUCGGGAACCUGGACAGCGAAACCCCGAAGGUGGAUGACGGGGGAUCCCCUGAAAUUUCGCUACUAAUCACCUUCCCAUUUUUCGCAGUUGGGCAGAGGUCGCUUCACGUGAAUAACAAUGGGGUGCUAUCCUUCAACGUGCAAGUCAGUCAGUUCACUCCCGAGGUCUUCCCUCUAUCCGAUGGUCGCUCGUUCAUUGCUCCUUUCUGGGCUGAUGUCCACAACGGGAUCAAAGGAAAUGUGUAUUACAGGGAGAGCGUUGAGCAGAGCAUCUUGCAAAGAGUCACCAAGGACAUCAGAAAGAACUUCAAGGACCAGGCUUCCUUCUCGGCCACAUGGGUGUUCAUCGCCACCUGGGAAAAGGUCACUUUCUAUGGAGGCAGCUCGACCACCCCGAUGAACACCUUUCAGUGUGUGCUGGUGACAGAUGAAAGGAAUUCCUUUGCCAUGUUUAACUACGCUGAUAUUUCCUGGACGACAGGGACUGCAAGUGGAGGCGACCCUCUGACUGGUGUUGGUGGCUCAGCAGCACAGACGGGGUUCAACGGCGGGGACCUCAGUCACUUUUUCAGCCUGCCAACCUCUCGGAGCACUGAGAUGCUGAACAUCGAACAAACCAGCAACGUGAACUUCCCCGGCCGCUGGAUCUUUAAGAUAGACGGGGAGGCGAUUGACCCAUCGAGUGGCUGCAGCCUGAACGGUCAGUUUUUCCGUCGCGGGGAUGUGUUUUGGAUGGAUGAUAAAUGCCAAAUCAAGUGCCGCUGCCUGGACUUGGGUAACGCCAUUCAUUGUCAGAACCUGUCUUGCGGGCAGUUCGAGCAGUGCCACUCCGUGGACGGGGUUUACCGCUGCGUCCCCACCCAGACUGCCUCGUGUGUGGUGUUUGGAGACCCUCACUACCACACCUUCGAUGGGUUCCUGUACCAUUUCCAGGGAACGUGCUCGUACAUCCUCGCCAAGCCCUGCUGGGAGUUGGAGAAUCUGCCCAGUUUCAGCAUCGAGUCCAAGAACGAAAACCGGGUGGGGACCGCUGUAUCGUGGCUGAGGAACAUCAGACUGGAUGUGUACGCUCACAGCAUCGUCAUUCCCAGGGGAAACUCGGGCCAAGUCCUGGUGGAUGGGCUGCUCGCCACGUUGCCCGUGCAUCUGGAGAUGGGGGCGAUCAAGAUUUAUCAGAGCGGAGUGGCCACGGCGGUGGAGACGGAUUUCGGUUUGCUGCUAACAUUCGACGGGGAACAUUACGCUUCCAUCUCGUUGCCCAGUUCCUUCCUGAAUAACACGUGCGGUCUCUGCGGGAACUUCAACAACAACCCGGCCGAUGACAACAUGCUCCCAGGAGGAAGCCCAUCCGAGUCGCUGGCGGAGCUGGGCAACGGAUGGAAGGCGGCCGACCCGGACUGGUACUGUCAGCACGGUUGCGGGGACAACUGCAGCGUGUGCGACCCGCACACAGAGACCUUCUACUACACAGCCGACUACUGCGGCAUCAUGAACAAGACCGACGGGCCGUUCCGCGACUGCCGAGCCGUGUUGGACCCCACCAGCUUCGUCAUCAGCUGUGUGUACGACAUGUGCGCCAACCGGGACAACAUCACCACUCUGUGCCAGGCCAUCCAAGGCUAUGCCCUCACCUGCCAGGCCGUGGGCAUCACCAUCGGAGCCUGGCGCUCCCGCACCUUCUGCGCCUUGCCGUGUCCGGAGUGGAGUCACUACGAGGUGUGCACCAGCAGUUGUCCAGCUACCUGCACUGACCUGAUCUCGCCUCUGUACUGCUCCAGGCCCUGCACCGAGGGCUGCCAGUGUGACGAGGACCAUGUGCUGAGUGGGAAUCGCUGUGUGCGGCUGGACGGGUGCGGCUGCGAGUUCCAGGGGCGCUACUACGACUUGCAAACCAAGUUCUGGGCAACGGCCGACUGCACAGUGCGUUGCCUGUGUGAGGUUCACGGAGAGGUUGCGUGCACGAACGAGACGUGUUCGGAAGGGGAGUUUUGUCUGGUGGAACACGGGUUGUUGGGUUGCUACCCCAGGCGAGCCGCUGUCUGCACAGUGUCACGCAGCAACGGGCUGCAGACUUUCGACGGCGCCUCCCUCGAUUUCCGCGACGAGUAUGCCUACACCUUGCUCAAGGUUUGUGGAGCAAACAGCUACAACCUGUCUCACUUCGAAAUCAAACUCGGGAGAAAUAAAAUGGUGAACGGUUCUUCGAUAAAAUCGCUGACUAUAAAAUUCCCUGACUAUGAAGUAAAAAUUGAUGGCAGUGACAACGUUAUCAAGGUGAAUGCUUUAGCAAUUUCCUUGCCAUUCAUGCAUUCGUCUGGAAAACUGAAGAUCUACAGGAACGGGAAUUACACCAUGGUGGAACUAUACAACAGUCUGCAAAUCCUGUACACGAGUGAAGAUCGAAUAAAUGUCAUGCUGUCCACUGCCUACUAUAACAACACCUGUGGCCUCUGUGGAUAUUUCAAUGGGAAUCCCACUGAUGAUUUCCGGAAAGCAAAUGGGAAAGUGACGGAGAACACUGCAGAGUUUGUGGAUAAUUGGAAGACAUUUGCAGAUGAUAUGACAUGCAAUGGACAGUGUGAAGAGCUUUAUACCGUGUGCACUAAUGAGGAUUUGAUCCUGUAUCAAGGAACCUCUUUAUGUGGGAUAAUCAAUGAUCCCAAUAACAGUUCUUUCCUCAGCUGCCAUGAAGCUGUCAACUCAUCUCCCUUCUUCAGAAGUUGUCUCUACACCAUGUGUUUAAAUGGCGGGAACAUAUCUGCACUUUGCAGCUCCCUGCAGGCCUAUGCAGAUGCCUGCACUGGUGCUGACGUCAUGCUGGCUAACUGGAGAAGCAGCGGCUUUUGUCCGUUGCCAUGUCCCGAGAACAGCCACUUUGCCGAGUGCACCACGGCGUGCCCGCUCACCUGCCAGUCCAUGCGGCACGAUGCCGACUGCCACCUGCCCUGUGUGGAAGGCUGCCAGUGUGACCCAGGCUUCGCUCUGAAAGGCGGCCGCUGCAUCGCCACGAACGAGUGUGGCUGCGUCUACGAAGGCUCCGAGGUGGCGAGCAAUGAGACCUUCUGGGCAGACAGCGAGUGCCAAACGCGCUGCUUCUGCAACGGCACGGACAACGCGGUUUACUGCGAGAGCGGCCCCUGCCGCGCCGACCACUUCUGCUCCGAGCAGGACGGGCUGUUCCACUGCCUGGUCCGCGCCGAGGCGCUGUGCAUCGUGUCCGGAUACAGCCACUACUACACCUUCGACACGCUGGGCUACGAGCUGCAGAGCACCUGUAGCCACGUCGUCAGCACGGUGGCCGCCGACACCCCUCACCUGCCCCACUACCUGAUCCAGGCCAGGAAUGAAGAGCGCAACACGUCGCUCGCCCUGUGGCUGCGGGAGGUGGAGAUCACAGUGUACGGUUACAACAUCAGCGUGUCCAAGAGCUACAAGCACACAGUGAUGGUCAAUGAGGAGCGCCUCUACCUGCCCCUGCGACUGGGCGGAGGUCAGGUCAACCUCUACUCGUUCGGCUUCUACAUGGUGCUGGAGACUGACUUCGGGCUCAAGGUGAUGUACGACUGGGACACGCUGCUGGCGGUGACCGUGCCCCGAGCCUUCUCCAACGCCACGCGGGGUCUGUGCGGCCAGUUUAACGGCGAGCCGGAUGAUGAGCUACAGACGCCCAGCGGCGAGCCGGCCGGCAGCUUGCUGGAGUUUGUGAGCAGCUGGGCAGUCGGUGGCACAUCCUUCUGCCAACCAGGCUGCAGCCGGGGCUGCCCUUCGUGCGACCGGGUGCUCAGCCUCCCCCUCCAAACGCAGCAGCUCUGCGCUCUGAUCGUGUCCAAGGACAACCUGUUCAACCGCUGCCACGGGAGAGUCAACCCCACCUUCUUCUACCACAACUGCAUCUUCGACUCGUGCAUCGACCGCGGCAACAGGGAGACGGCCUGUAAGUGGCUGCAGAACUACGGCAGCACCUGCCAGGCGCAGGGCGUGUUGAUGCAAGGAUGGAGAAACAUCACCAGCUGCUUGAUCACUUGUCCUGCAAACAGUCACUACGAGAGCUGUGUGUCAGUGUGCCAGCCACGGUGUUCCACAUUCAAAAUCCACCAGGACUGUAACCAUUACUGUGUGGAGGGAUGUCAGUGCAACGAUGGCUUCCUGCUCAACGGCAGAACGUGUAUCCUGCCUCAGGACUGCGGCUGUGUGGCAGAGGACAAAUACUAUGAGGCUGGGCAGUUCUUCUGGAACACAAACUGCUCCAAACACUGCCGGUGCAUGGGUCGCAAUAUGGUGCAGUGUGACUCGCGCCAGUGCAAGAGCGGGGAACUGUGCUCGCUCCGCAACGGCAUCAGAGGCUGUUACAGCAGCAAGAGCUCCCACUGCAUCGCUGCCGGAGGGGGCAUAUUCCAGACCUUUGACGGUGCUUUCCUACGAUUUCCUGCUGCCUGCUCAUUUGUCCUCUCCACAAUCUGUCACAAACUUCCAGAUAUCUCUUUCCAACUGAUCAUAAACUUUGACAAAUGGAGUAUGCCGAACAUGACGCUGAUCUCCCCGGUUUACCUUUACAUCAACGAGGAACAGAUCCUCAUCUCAGGAAAUGUUGUCCAGGUGAAUGGAACCCCAGUCACGAUUCCUGUUGUCACGGCGCUAACAAAGAUCUCAACAGCUGAGGGAUUCCUGAUCAUUGAUACCAUUCAAGGCAUUCAGAUCCAGUACAACUGGUUUAAUUUGCUGUCUAUCAGGAUGGGUGAACGGCUGCAGAACAAGGUGUGCGGUCUGUGUGGCAACUUCAAUGGAAAUCCCAAUGACGACGACUUAAGUUCACGAGGAAAACCCACGGAAACGAUCAUGGAGUUGGCAAAGAGCUGGAAAACCAAUGGCAUGCAGAACAGCUGUGAUGAAGAGCAGUACACAACCUUAUCCCUCACCUGUGAUAAUCGGGACAUCAUCCGGCUACAGAAUGAGGGAAGCUGCCUGAAACUUACGGAAAUGAAAGGUUUCUUCCAGCCGUGUUAUGGAUUCAUCAACCCAGUGCCGUUUUAUGAGUCCUGUGGAAUGGAUGCCUGCUACUGGGACAAGAAGUCCCAAAUCUGCAGCUCGCUGGCAGCAUAUGGAGAAGCCUGUCGCUCGCUGGGGAUCCUGAGCACCGACUGGAUUAGGCGGGAAAACUGCUCAGAAUUGAUCGAAGACCCAUGUGCUGGAGGUAUUUGCACCAACUACAGUUUAUGCCGACAGGGUAACGGUGACCUGUGUGGCUGUCCUGAGGAACCCAGCCCCAACAGUGAUGAUAUUGUCCAGGCAGACGUGGUGUGCAAAUACUCUCAGAUGGAGGUUUAUAUUUCCAAGUGCCGACUCUACCAGCUGGGGUUUGAACGCGGGGAUGUUCGCAUUAAUGAUAACCGUUGCAUGGGUUCAGAGGGAGAUGAUUUCAUUGCAUUUCACAUCAAUAACACCAAACGAAACUGCGGAAACAUCAUGAAGACAAAUGAAACCCACAUAAUGUACACCAACACUGUCUGGAUCGAGAGCCUGAACAACACGGGAAGUGUGAUCACUCGCGACAGAGUCAUUAACGUCGAGUUCUCCUGUGCCUAUGAACUUGACCUGAAGGUUUCUCUAGAAACUGUUGUAAGGCCAAUGCUAAGUGUUGUCAACCUCACUCUUCCCACCAAAGAGGGUAGUUUCAUCACUAAAAUGGCUCUGUAUAAAAACUCGUCCUACAAGUUUCCGUAUGGAGAAGGCGAGGUGACACUCACCACCCGUGACGUCCUGUACAUUGGGGUGUUUGUCGAGGGAGCAGAUUCUACCCAGCUCAUUCUCAUCAUCAAUCGGUGCUGGGCCACUCCGUCUCGUAAUCCAAAGGACCGACUACGCUACAUGAUCAUAGAACAAGGGUGUCCAAACUCAAAGGACAGCACCAUAGAGAUGGAGGAGAAUGGCGUGUCUCUCACCUGCCGCUUCCACAUCGUUGUAUUCAAGUUUAUAGGGGAUUAUGACAAGAUUCAUCUACACUGUGAUGUGUCGUUGUGUGAUGCAAAUAUCAAUAAUUGCCGAAUUACUUGCCCCACCAACAGCAGGAGACUCGCAGACGAUGGACAACUCGCAAAAGAGCAGAUCCUCUCAGUCGGACCUAUCAGGAAAAGAGCAGCUGAUUUGUGUGAAGUGGACAAUGGUGGUUGUGAACAGAUUUGUACAAGUCUUGGAGAGCAGGCAGUGUGUAGCUGCACCACCGGAGUCUUGCAUUGGGAUGGAAAGCACUGCCGAGCUCUAAGCGCUUCCAGUGAGCCAACAAUACUGCCUCAGCUUUUGGUGAUCACUCAGAUCAUUAGUUGGUUAUUGGUAAACACACAAAACCUGAAACUGUAGCAGAGAUGGAACAGUCAGACAUGGGAGCAAGAUUACAGUGGGAUUGACCAGAAUUAAACAAACAACUGCAAUUUCAUUUUUUUUUGGGAUCAAUUUUAUUUAAUUAAAUAAUGCUUUUGUAGUGAAAUACUGUAAUAUCUGGACUGUAUCAUGCAUUUUUACAGAGUUGGAACUUACUCUUUAUCCUGAUAUAAACAGCCAGGACUGGUGUAUGUUUUAGGAUUUCAACUUUUGAACUGUUGUGUUUAGGGUAACAAACAUUGAAAUAAAAGAUUUAUUGUCAAUCGAA